CAUGAGAUCAGAUCACCUGUAAAUUGGAUUUUAGCCCCAUUCUUUUUUGUUUUGUUAUUUUCGUUUACUCCAAUCCAAAAAUAUAGAGGAAAAUAAUGCAGCUUCAUCUCCAGCAGACGCAGAAGCAGUUUCUUACACUGCAUAAUUUUCAUGGUGCUCGUCCCCUCAAGCUCUUACCCACGGCCAUGGCCACGGCGGCCUUGCCCCCUCCUCUAUCCAAACUCACUCGCGUUUCUUUUAAUUUACCCGCAAAAUCCAACUCCCGGUUGUUGCCCUGCAGAUUGAAAGGAGAUUCAGAUUCAGUUAAGUUUAAACUGUUCUUCGGGACAGUGGAUUUAGACAUGAUAUCACAGCUGGAAAUUGGGAAAGCCAACAUCACAAGGAAACCUGAGAAGCGUGUCAAUGGCGUUUUCUGGAUUCUGCUUAUUAAUCUUGGCAUAUAUUUGGCAGAUCAUGUUUUCCAGGUUCCAUUGAUUAAGGAACUGUAUCUAUACCAUAACCAGCCUGCUUGGUACCAGUUUAUAACUGCUACAUUCUGUCAUUUUAAUUGGAGCCAUCUUUCGAGCAACCUGUUUUUCUUGUAUAUUUUUGGAAAACUUGUUGAAGAAGAAGAAGGAAAUUUUGCUCUUUGGCUUUCGUAUAUCUUGACAGGAGCUGGGGCGAAUCUCGUCUCAUGGUUAGUUCUUCCUAGAAAUGCAGUAUCUAUCGGAGCAUCGGGCGCCGUUUUCGGACUCUUUGCUGUCAGUGUCCUGGUGAAGAUGUCAUGGGACUGGAGGAAGAUCCUUGAGGUUCUGAUAUUGGGCCAAUUUGUUGUAGAGAAGGUGAUGGAAGCAGCCCAAGCAUCAGCAAGCUUAAAUGGAAGCUUCAAAGGAGGUUUUGCUCUGCAGAAUGUGAACCACAUUGCGCAUCUCUCGGGUGCCCUUAUUGGCGUCUUUCUAAUAUGGCUCCUUAGCACUGUUCCUUCACCAACUGAUGAUAAAUGAUGUUCGAUUUGACUAAACUCUAUUUUAUUUGUACUUUUUUUCAUAUGAAUACAUGCAUAUAGAGAGGUCUGACACUGGUUUGACGAUUAAGAUCUUUAUGGCAUUGUUUUGUGUUGUAUCAGUCAGGCCUCAUUUGGUUCAUUGGAUAAGAUAUCAUACUUGUUUACAUUGAUUAGGGCCCAUAGGAAAUAUCCCUAUACCUGGAAUGAAUUGGGAUACAAUCCUUGGAGAAGUGGUGAAAUAAUCCACCACAAUUUGAGGUCAUUAUUUGUACCACCCCCAUAGUUUUCAUUUCUUGGGACAUUAAUAUUCCUGAACGGCUGCACCUUCAGCGCCACAAACUUCUCAGAAAUGGGAUUGACUUCUCCUAUCAUUUUGUGGGAGAAGAGAUGUAGAAAAUCGCUGCAAUCUCAGCUAAUUGAGUUUUUC